CUGGUGUCGCAUUCUUUUGUGUCCCCAAAAUGGCGAACGUAGCUGCUGCUGCGGCCGCUGCUGCCGCCGCCGCCGCCGCCGCGAACAGAGACCCGGCCGUCGAUCGCUCUCUACGGUCGGUGUUUGUGGGGAAUAUUCCGUAUGAAGCCACAGAGGAACAGCUGAAAGACAUCUUUUCUGAAGUGGGACUUGUUGUCAGCUUCAGGUUAGUGUAUGACAGGGAGACAGGGAAGCCAAAGGGAUAUGGCUUCUGUGAAUAUCAAGAUCAGGAGACGGCCCUCAGUGCCAUGAGGAACCUGAACGGGAGAGAGUUCAGUGGUCGGGCUCUCCGUGUGGACAAUGCAGCCAGUGAGAAAAACAAGGAAGAGCUCAAAAGUUUGGGAACAGGAGCCCCGAUUAUUGAGUCUCCUUAUGGAGACAGCAUCCAGCCACAGGAAGCCCCAGAGUCCAUCAGCAGAGCUGUGGCCAGUCUGCCACCAGAGCAGAUGUUUGAACUCAUGAAACAGAUGAAGCUGUGUGUGCAGAACAGUCCCCAGGAGGCGAGGAACAUGCUGCUGCAGAACCCUCAGCUGGCCUAUGCUCUGCUGCAGGCCCAAGUGGUCAUGCGGAUUGUCGACCCUGAGAUAGCCUUGAAAAUGCUCCAUCGUCAAACUUCAGUCCCACCUCUGAUUCCCAGCGGGCAGGGUGGAGGAGCGCCGCCGGUCAACCCUCCUCCUGCGCAGCCCAGUGUGCCAGUGUCUCAGCCGCAGCCUGUGCCUGGAAUGCAUGUCAAUGGAGCCCCUCAAAUGAUGCAGCCCCCCAACUUGGGUGUCGUCCCUGGACCAAUGCCUGUCGCAGGACCUGGCCCAGGACCUGGACCGGGACCAGGACCCGUACCAGUGGGACCUCCAGGAAACCUUCAGCAUUCUCCCACAGGAUCGUCUGGGCAAGCUGCUAUCGAGCGGCCUCAAGGACCAGGUGGUAUCCCCCCCAGAGGCCUGCUGGGAGAUGGUCCCAAUGAUCCCAGAGGAGGAACUCUGCUGAAUGUCACUGGAGACGUCAUAGACCCCAAUCGGGGUUACAUGGGGGCUCCACCACCCCACCAAGCCCCUCCUGUACACAUGGCCCAAAUGGCAAGUGGACCCCCUCCGGACAUGAGAGGACCUCCAAUGGACAUGAGAGGCCCACCUAUGGGUGAACCACGAAACAUGAUGGGUGACCCCAGAGGGCCCCCGAUGAUGGAGCCACGGGGACCCCCGAUGGAAACCAGAGGUCGCGACCCAAGGGCGAUGGACGCUCGUGGUCCAGUGACGGGGCAGAGGGUUCCCAUGGCCGCAGGGAUGCCAGGCCCCGUUCCUCAUAGCAUGGGUCCUAACGCUCCUCCACCUGCGAGACCGGGUCCCGGUAUUUCUGGUGUUCCUCCGUCGGGAGGAGGCUUCAGUCCGGGGCAGAGCCAGGUCUCCACACAGGACCAGGAGAAGGCUGCCCUGAUCAUGCAGGUCCUGCAGCUGACCCCAGAACAGAUCGCCAUGUUGCCCCCGGAGCAGCGGCAGAGCAUUCUCAUCCUCAAAGAACAGAUUCAGAAGACUGCAGGAGGGGCACCUUGAUGGUCCGACUAGGACUCACAAACUGCUCCACCCCGUCUCCUUCAACUUGAACAGAUCUGAAGACGUCUCAUUAGUUUGGAAUAUUGUAUAGUUUUUUUUAAUCAUAUUGUCUGUUUUCUGUGUGAAAGAUAAGCUCAGUGCUUUUGGAUUAAAAGAUAAGUGACAGUUUUGAGAGGAUGAUGGUGAAUGCUGAACAGAUAAAGUCCAGGGCUGGAGUUUCAUGAGGUUUCAUCCUUUUCCUUCAAAGCUGACUGUUUUCAUGUGACUGGCUCUGGAAAAUGUUUGUCUGGAUGUUGUUUUGUCAAUAAAAUACAAAGAGACAUUGA